UUCAACAACAGGUUCUAUCACCAAGAGCGCGCGCGUUUCUAAUAAAAUAAAGGUGCAUAAUUAAUCCCGCAUCAUGUAACACACCCGGGCAUGUUCAGCAGGAUCUACACCAUUACUAAACAUACACACACACACACACACACACACGCACGCGCGUGCACAAAUCCCUGAUCCAUUUAAAACCCCGUGCGCGCCUCUGCUGUUUGCGCGCUCCCGUCACCGCGUCCGCCAUUUUAACUCGAAUAAACAUGUCAAAAGCGCUUAUUAUGCGCUCAUAACCCCGGACUCCAGAUCUGGAAGUAUCUCUGAGUGUGUGUGGAGGACAGGCUGAACUUCAGACCACCAGAGCUGCUGAAGCGAACAUCUGCUGAGGCAUCAUCGGUGUGUGCUGUGAUGUAAUAAAGGCUCCACAGUGUUGGACUCUGCUUUAUCUACAGAAACACACCCUGACUGAAGUCCUGGGUUUGAGGCCGUAGUCAUGUUCUGGAAGUUUGACCUCCACACGGUGUCUCAGGUGGAGAAGCUGCUGGAGAGGGAUGAUGUGACUCUGAAGGAGCUGCUGGAUGAAGAUGAUGUGCUGCAGGAGUGUAAGGCUCAGAACCAGCGCCUCCUCCUUUUCCUCACUCAGGACAGCAGCUUACAGGAGCUCAUCAGCCUCAUCAUACAUGAGCCCCCUAGUGACCGCGAGGAGAAACUGCGCUACAAGUACGCUAAUACGGCAUGCGAGCUGCUCACGUGCGACGUAUCGGCCAUUAAUGAUAAAGUGGGCGGAGAUGACUCUCUCUUGAACACCCUUUACACCUUCCUGGAGCAAGAUCCACCCCUGAACCCUCUCCUCGCCUCGUUCUUCAGCAAAACCUUUGGCAACCUGAUCGCCCGGAAAACCGAGCAGACGAUCAGUUUCCUGAGGAAGAAGGAGGGGUUUAUAGCCUUGGUUCUGAAGCACAUGGACACGUCGGCCAUGAUGGACCUGCUGUUACGCCUCAUCAGCUGUGUGGAACCGAGUGGCCUCCGACACGACGUCCUCAUUUGGCUGGAUAAAGAGAAGUUAAUUCAGAGCCUGAUUGAGUUCAUUCAACCUCAAACCGAUAACGAGAGGCAGGCGAAUGCGUCUCAGGCUCUGUGUGACAUCAUCCGUUUGAGCCGUGAUCAGGUCGGACAGCAGGAGGCAUCAGAUGCAGACCCCCUGCUGGCCACACUGGAGCUACAGCAGACUGUGGAAUGUCUGUUGAAGAACAUGUUUGAGGGAGAGAAGAGGGACAUCUGCAUCGUGAGUGGGACUCAAGUUCUACUCGCUUUAUUGGAGACCCGCAAAUCAGGGGUGGAGCUGAUAGAUCCUGGAUCUCAGACAUUGGAUCAGUUGUAUUCUGUAAACAACAGCAUCUUGCUGGGCAUCGAGCCGUAUCUGAAGCACUACCGCCAUCUGCUGCUAGAACCACCUACAAUGUGCAGCAUGUUGACGAGUCUCGGGGUUCUGGAGGAACCUUUCGGGAACACUCGACUCCACGCCUGCAGGCUGAUGGCUGCUUUGCUCCACACCCGCGCUCCCAGAAUGCACCGGGAGCUUUGCCAGCUUGACAUGAUCAACCUGCUCCUGGACCUUUUCUUUAAAUUCACCUGGAACAAUUUCCUUCAUGUUCAAAUGGAGCACUGCGUGUCAGCUAUCCUCGAUCAGACGCCGCCGUGCGACCCGGUGGACGACGAGCCAGACCUUGAACACACACACUCGCACCCGGACACGGCACACACUUCUUAUGGAGAUGCAGAGAUGUUCUCGCACCAGGAUCUUCUCUCGCAUCUGUUUCAGACAUGCAGGUUGGUGCAGCGAAUUCUCGAUGCUUGGGAGGAGAACGAUAGAGGCCGAGGUGGCAUGAGAAAAGGCUACAUGGGGCAUCUGACCCGCAUAGCGAAUGCGGUGGUCCAGAGUGUGGAGAAAGGAGCUGCUCAGGGUUUCAUCACGCAACUAAUCAACGGUCUACCCGAGGAUUACAGAGGGCGUUGGCAGAAGUUUGUGGACGAGACGUUAGCGGAGACAAACAAGAGAAACGCAGUGGAUCUGGUCUUUUCAGAUUAUCAGAUCCAGCAGAUGACAGCAAAUUUUGUUGACCAGUUUGGGUUUAAUGAUGAUGAGUUCGGGAACACGAUGGAAUCAAGUAAGUGUUUAUGUGAGAGAUUAGUGUGUGAUGAGAGUGCAGCGUUCAGUCGGAUGGGCGGAGUCAGGAUUAAUCUGGUGGAUGAAGGACCGAGCUCAGGAGCAUUUCAGGCCUGCACUAAGGGGAAGAUCCGUCCGUUCGAUGAAGCGGAUGAGGAGGAGGACAUCUGGGAGGACAAAGAAAUUAACUAUGCUGCCCAAGUGAAAUCUCGAACCAGGUUCGGCGUGCCGACAUCCCUGAACAGUGACAUCAUGGAGGGCGGGGCUCUGAGGCGCUUGGGGUCACCUGAUCUGGAGUGUUUUCCGGAUUGUAAGCAGAUUCUAAACAGCAGCAGGAGUGACGACGCAGACAGAGACUGCAGCCUUCCACAGAGCCCAGGUUGGGUGGCGAGUUUUGAGGAUGAUUUUAACUUUAAGGCGGACUUUGCGGGCGUGGCCAUCGACAGCGGGUCAGGGGUGUGGGGCAGCACCACAGCACCGCUGAACGAUAGCGAGGAGAAAGGCUGGGCCACGUUCACCGACUUCCAACCUUUCUGCUGCUCGGACUCCGGCGCUCGCUGCAGCUCUCCGGUCGACUCGGAAAACCCGGACAAACAGAACCAGGAUAAAGACUCGAGGGGCUCAGCAACGUGUGUGUGGAAUGUGUGUGGAGCGAGGAAAGCUCCUCUGGUGGCGUCGGACAGCAGCUCCAGCGGCUCGGACAGUGAGGAUGAUGAGGAGAGAAGCGACACCACCAGGGACAAGGAGAACGUUACUGUCACUACAGAAAACAAGAACGAGAAAACACUCUUUACCCGAGAUGUGGAUGCUACGUGGCCGGGCAUCGCAGCCGAACCUCCUCCAGAGUCCGAGCAGAAAACAGACUGAAGGCGGAAACUUGACAGUCUCCGGAGUCUCGUCCCUUUGUGACCUCAUCACUGCCCCGCCCACAACAACAACGACAAAAACAACAACAGCAACAACGACGACACCUAUUUUAAUCGAGUGUGGUAUAAUUCAGGAUGAACAAUGUCGCAGUGUUUCUUCUCUUGGCCGUGAGUUCGGCUGUGAUCCGUAACGACCCCGGCGGUGACACUCCGGCAUUAUAAUGCGGAUUAGUGCAGUUAUAAAUGUAUAUACACGUAAAGUACAGCUGAAAAUCUACAGUUAGCGUGGCUCUGUUUUAUGGCUACAUGCACUGGCUCUUUAUAACACAUUUACACACACCGUAUUCUUGAAGCGUAACACAACACGCUCUAUGACAGGUUUAUUACAGGUUUAUAACAGACUUAUGAAAUUCUUAUAAAAGGAUUAUAACCUGCAUAUGACAGUCAUAUGACGUCUCACCACUGACAGACAGAGUCGGCUCAUGACCAGUUAUGGCAGGCUUAUGAAAGGCUUAUGAGAGGUGUAUGACGUCUCACUACUGAUGUUAGUUUAUGGUUGCAGUCGGCUCAAAUUUUUUGUACUUAUUUUGCAAGUUCUAAACAGUUAUGAAGCUUUACAACAUUUUUCUAUAUAGCGUCGUUUCUGUUAAGUUGAAGUUCAGAACUGUGCGAGAAUAAUUCUGUUUAAAUAGAGAAUACAGAGAACGAGGAGGACCACAACAUGUCCAAGUUCUCAAAAAUGCACACAAAUAUUUACUAAUCCUAAUCACACUAAUAUUAUUUAAGAACAAAAAUGACCAAUUUGGGAAUUAAAUUAAACAGAUCAUUAAAUGUAAAAAGAAAACCCAACAUGGCUAAUUUUUUUUGGAUCCUCCAUUUUAUUAAUGUAUUUUAUUUUAUAUUUUACUUUUGAAUUAGAUUUUCACUUUUGGUUAUGUUUAAUGUGCACUAAAUGGAGGUUUUUCCAUCUUACAUUUUUUACAAUUAUUUUUUAUUUUUCCUCAGUUUCCUGGCCGUCCUCAUCCUUGGGUUUUAGAUCCUCUGAAAAUUGUUUAAAUGAAACCUCUGUAAAUAAAAUUGCUAUAAAAAGAACCCCUGAAAUUAAGGGGGAAACAACCCAUAGAUAUUUAUAUUUAUUUUUGUCAAAAAAUUUUUGUUUAAUUGCAUAAAUUACUAAUUCUUUAUAAAACUCAGUCACAAAAUGAAUGUAAAUUUAUAUAUAUAUUUAUUUUAUUAGAGGGUCAACGUUUUUUGCCCCGGCUCUUACAGGCCAGUUUAAGUAAGAGUGUACAUUAGACCAUUAUAAAGGUUUAAUUGACUUUGUAUUUAAGUUCAGAUGUAGAAGAUGAAAGAAAAAUUGAUUUGGUGCCUAAUUAAAUAAAACAAAUAAAUAGAUAAGUAGAUAGAUAAGUAGAUAGAUAAACAAAUAGAUAAGUAAAAAUCUUAAAUAAACAAUUUUUUUUUUUCCAAAUGUUAAAUAGGUAAAUUAAAAAAAAUUAUAAAUCUGCUUAAAAUCUUUUGUUGCUAAAAGAUUGUGAACAUUUUGGAUACAUGUUUGAAAAAUAAGAAUAAUUUGGCAACCAAAAAUAAUCUUUUUUUUCAGUCAUUCUUCAGCACGUCUAGAAAAUUAGAACAUCUGUCAGUGUUUCACUGGUCAUUAAUCAAAUCAGUUUUAUUUUACUGCUGUAAGAUGAGGUGCUGAGACUGCAGACGCUGUAUAGAGGAGUUAUAAUACUUUAUAAAUGUGUGUAAUUAAAGACAGAAUAAUGACUUGCGAUAUAAGAAUAAAAAGUAAAACUGACCCGCUAUAUGACUGACGGUUCUCGUCUUUCCUUGUGUUCGUGUGAGAUGCAUGCUCAUUCGUGCCUAUGAAUGUGUUAUGAAGACCCAAUGUAGGUAGCCUUUAAAUAAAUGAAUGUGCAAUAAGG